UCCCGUCCUGCGGUGGCGUGUCAGGGCGCGGCGCAAGGCGAGCGCUGUGGGUGAGUCCCACUUCCAGACAGCCGGCUCUGUCCACAACUGGGCGGGGAAGCGGAGGAUGGAAGUGGGCUUAUCGGCCAUUACGGUCUAUCUCGCCAGCACCGGCAGCCCUGUGGCGGCGACAACGAUGGACCGGGAGUCAGUGAACCGUGCGGAAGGAGAAGCAGUCUCAGCCUCGGGAGCUGCGGCCGCCGCGGCGUUCAGGGAGUCAGAGCGGCAGAUGAGUAAUGAAAGAGGCUUUGAAACUGUAGAACUGGGAGUCAUAGGAAAAAAGAAGAAAGCCCCAAGGAGAGUCAUCCACUUUGUUAGUGGUGAAACAAUGGAAGAAUACAGCACAGACGAAGAUGAAGUUGAUGGCCUGGAGAAGAAAGAUGUUUUGCCGACUGUUGAUCCGACAAAACUUACCUGGGGCCCCUACUUAUGGUUUUACAUGCUUCGUGCUGCCACAUCAACCCUCUCAGUGUGUGACUUUCUUGGAGAGAAGAUUGCAUCUGUUUUGGGCAUCAGCACCCCAAAAUACCAGUAUGCCAUUGAUGAGUAUUACCGGAUGAAGAAGGAGGAAGAAGAAGAAGAAGAAGAAAACAGGAUGUCUGAAGAAGCAGAAAGACAAUACCAACAGAAUAAGCUGCAGGCCGAAUCCAUUGUUCAGACAGAUCAACCAGAAACAGUGGUAUCCAGUUCAUUUGUGAAUCUCAAUUUUGAAAUGGAGGGCGAUUGUGAAGUAAUUAUGGAAAGCAAACAAAAUCCAGUCUCUGUCCCACCAUAGAACGGAAUGACUAUCAAACUUCAAACUCUAAGGUGGUUUUUAUAUGAGGAACUUCUACAUUCUCUGUUCAGUGGGACUUAAUACAGUUAUUUAUAUUUUAAAUUAUCUGAAAAGGGAAAAAUGUUUCUUUAUUCUUAGGCUCUAUGUAGCAAAAGUCAGAUCUGAAAUUUGGAUAUUUGUACUACGCUUUUACUGUGUCAAAUUAGUGCUUUAGUUUUAAAAUGAUCUUAAAGAGUUAAGGACAUUUUAAAGCUCUAACUGCAAAUUAAGAAGAGUUAAAUUAUCAAGCUUGCCUGUUACUUGUAAGAAAAAAUAUUUAAGUUGCUGAUUAAGCUAAUUGGAGCUGGUAUUCCUAAUUAAGAUUAAAAUGAAGAUCUUUUCCCCCUUACAUUUUCUCAUAUCUUACAUUUAUAUUUCUAUCUAACCAUUAAUUUCAUACUAAGGAUGGUUCACUGUGUAAUAAAAGGAGCAAGAUAAAAGCACUUUGAAUUUCCUUUCCUUGAGAAUAACUUUAUGUAAAGGUGAUUGUGUUUAUAACACCAAAUAUAAAAUGGGUUUCCAUUC